CAAGACUGGAAAUGUUACAGACUAAAUGAUUUAAGUUAAGCACGACAACUAUUUCUAAAGAUGAAGAGAGUUUUCAGUUUAAGUAAUAAGAACUUUGGUGGCCAAGGAACAAUAACAUACAGUUGGCAAAGGGCUUUGGGAAACUAUCUUGCUACAACAGGAGCUGACCAUGUUGUAAGAAUUUACGACAGACAUGGUGAACUUAAGGAGGAGAUCAAUUUACCAGGCUUAUGUGUCGGUAUGGGGUGGGACAAAGAUGGCGAUACACUUGCUGUUAUAAAUGACAAGAAUGGAGUUAUCACCCUUUGGGACGCUAACACUAUGAGGACCAGUCAGUUAGAUAGCGGGCUCAGAGAUCAGUUGUCCUUUCUUCUAUGGGCUAAAGCUGGACCCUAUCUGGCCAUUGGAACAUUCAAAGGAAACCUGAUGAUCUACAACCACCAGACUUCAAGGAAGGUUCCAAUUUUGGGGAAGCACACACGUCGGAUCACAAAUGGUUCGUGGAGCAACGAGAAUCUAUUGGCUUUGGCGAGUGAUGAUAAUACAAUAUCUAUCAGUAACAUUGAGGGUGAUACAAUCCGACAGACGUCCGUCCGGGCCAAUCCUCAGAAUGUCCAGUUCUCGGAGAUGAAGGGUGACGAGCGCAGUCAGAUGGGAGAAAACACGGUCAGCGUUGUGAUUGGGAAGAAGACCUUGUUCCUGUACAACUUAAAUGACCCAGAAAAUCCCAUUGAACUGGCCUUCCAACAGAGAUACGGCAACAUCAUUUCUUACAAAUGGUAUGGAGAUGGAUACAUCAUGAUUGGAUUUUCACACGGCUACUUUGUUGUCAUCUCAACUCAUAUGAAAGAAAUUGGACAGGAGCUGUUUCAAGCUCGGAACCACAAGGACAACUUGACCUGUAUAGCCAUUUCUACUGCCCUCAACAAGGCUGCCUCCUGUGGCGAUAACUGCAUUAAGAUCCAUGACCUUUCUGACCUUAAGGAGAUGUUUGCUAUUAUUAACAUGGAGGAUGAGCGUGGCCUUGACCAGCUGAACUGGUCAGAUGAUGGUCAGUUACUAGCGGUGUCCACACAGAAGGGAAACCUCCACGUCUAUCUGACCAGGCUACCCAUGCUGGCCUCUGCUUACCAGACCCGCAUUGCUCACCUGACAUCUCUACUGGAGGUCACCAUAGAGGACAAUGUACAGCAGGACCAGCCCCUGACUAUUCCAAUAGAUGUAGAGCCGACCUUUAUAGGGAUAGGGCCCUACCAUCUGGCCUGUGGAAUGAACAAUCGGGCAUGGUUCUAUCUCCUUGGAGAUGCAGGCAUUGAGAGACUGAAGGACAGGGAAUACCUAGGCACCGUUAAUCACAUCUGUCUGAAUGCUGACUAUGCUGCUGUAGGGUUUGAGGGAAAAGUUCAGCUCCACAUGAUUGAGGGAGAGACAGCUGGUACAACAGAUGAGCGUGAGACUCGAUUGUUUCCCGAGACGAGUCAGGAUGACUCCCGAGUUACCUGUCAUGACCUUACCAAUGACUUUUUGAUCUACGGGACUGAUAAUGGUGGAAUUAAUUACUUUUAUGUGGAGGACUGGAAUUUUGUGAAUGAGUUUCGACAUGUGGUGGGAAUUCGGAGGAUCUUUCCUGACCACAGCGGUACACGACUGUUGUUUAUUGAUGAGAAAAGUGAUGGAUUUGUCUAUAAUCCAGUGAAUGACCAGGUUCUAGACAUCCCACAAUUCUCUUCCACCACAAAAGGUGCAUUAUGGGAAAACUGGGCUGGCGACAAGGGUGUGUUUAUUACUUAUGAUGAAGAGAAGAUUUACACAUACCUGUACUGUAGAGAAUCCACCAAGGGCCCGACAGUGGAGUAUGUGGGGGAUUCUAAGCUUCCCUACGGAAUGAUUCCCAUCAUGCUUUACAAUGGGGAGAUAACUCUACAGACACAGAGUGGGCGUGUCCAGACCCAGAUUCUGGACACCCACACAGCUCUGUACACAGAGAACAUGGAGGAUAUGACUCAGGAGGAGGUAAAAGAUGGAUUGAAACAGGGCAUCGCUAUUAGAAGAUUCAAAGAAGCCUGGAGUUUCUGUGAGAAGUUGAAUGACAUGGUUGCUUGGUUACAGCUAGGACAGGCUGCCAUGCAGGCCAUAGAGAUUGAUUAUGCCAUAAGAGUUUACAGAGAAAUAGCAGAUGUUGGCAUGGUAACCUCACUUCACCAGGUCAAGCAUCUUGAAGAUAAGAACUUGCUGUCAGGAUAUGUAGCCAUGUUUCUAGGAGAAUUUAAUCUGGCACAAGAUUUGUUCCUAACAUCAAGUAAACCACUGGCUGCUCUAGAGAUGAGACGUGACCUACUACACUGGGACAGUGCUCUCCAGCUCGCCAAAGCUCUGGCCCCUGAGCAGAUUCCCUACAUCUCACGCGAGUAUGCUCAGCAGCUCGAGUUUACUGGGGACUACAUGACAGCGCUGUCUCACUAUGAGAAGGGUGUGACUCGAGAGGAGAAGGAUCGGGAGCAUGAUGAAGUGUGUGCUGCUGGGAUUGCUCGGAUGUCAAUCAGGAUGGGAGAUAUCAGAAGAGGUGUUUCCAUGGCAAUGAAAAUGCCCAGCAGAAUUUUGAAAAAAGAAUGUGCAGGAAUAUUAGAAGGCAUGAAGCAAUGGACGGAGGCUGCCACUCUGUAUGAACAGGGAGGGUAUUAUGACAAGGCUGCCUCAGUGUACAUCAGAGGCAAAAACUGGUCUAAGGUUGGAGAUUUAUUAUCCCACAUCACAUCUCCGAAGAUCCACAUCCAGUACGCGAAAGCCAAGGAGGCAGACGGUCGAUAUAAGGAAGCUGCGGAGGCUUAUCGGAAUGCCAAAGACUGGGAUAACGUCAUCCGGAUUAACCUGGAUUAUCUCCAGAAUCCAGAGGAGGCUGUCAAAAUAGUCCGCGAUACCCACUCCAUAGAGGGCGCUAAAAUGGUUGCUAAAUUUUUCCAGAGACUAAAUGAUUAUUCCUCAGCUAUCCAGUUCCUUGUUAUCUCCAAGUGUAACGACGAGGCAUUCCAACUGGCACAAACCCACAACCAAAUGGAGACAUAUGCUGAGAUUAUAGGACCUGAUGCUACACCCGAGGACUAUCAGAGUAUCGCUUUGUACUUUGAGAAUGAAAAGAACCAUUUCAUGGCAGGAAAAUUCUUCCUUCUGAGUGGGCAGUACAGCAGGGCUCUGAAGCAUUUUGUAAAGUGUAGUGGAGAAGAUGGUCAGGCCAUUGAGUUAGCCAUUGAAACCGUGGGACGAGCAAAUGACGAGUCUCUGACCCGAAUGUUGAUUGAUUUCCUGAUGGGAGAAACGGAUAAUGUUCCCAAGGAUGCCAAGUACCUGUUCCGUUUGUACAUGGCGCUGAAGCAGUACAGGGAGGCUGGUAGAACAGCCAUUAUCAUUGCCAGGGAGGAACAAAAUGCUGGUAACUACAGAAAUGCCCACGAUGUCCUGUUCAGUAUGUAUAAAGAACUGAUGCAGCAAAAGAUCAAGAUUCCAACAGAAAUGUCUACAAACCUGAUGAUUCUCCAUAGUUACAUCCUUGUCAAGAUCCAUGUUAAGAGAGGGGAUCACAUAAAAGGAGCCAGGAUGUUAAUCCGAGUGGCCAACAACAUCAGUAAAUUCCCCUCACAUAUUGUACCCAUUCUGACAUCCACGGUCAUUGAGUGCCACAGGGCGGGGCUAAAGAACUCCUCCUUCAGUUACGCAGCCAUGUUGAUGAGACCUGAAUAUCGUAACAACAUUGACCUGAAAUACAAGAAAAAGAUUGAGAUGAUUGUGAGGAAGCCAGACAAAACAGAGGAAGAGGAGCCACUGACUCCGUGUCCGUACUGCAGCUUCCAGCUCCCAGAGACCGCGCUAAUGUGUCCAGAGUGUAAAAAUAACCUCCCUUACUGCAUCAUCACGGGACGCCAUGUGGUGAAAGAUGACAUGACAGCCUGUCCCAAGUGUGAUUUCCCGGCCAUCUUCUCCGAAUUCAUCAAAUUGCUGGAGACUGAGGAAAAUUGUCCAAUGUGUUCCGAGAAAAUCAUCAAGGAAAAUUUACAGAAAGUGUCGGAUGUGAAUAAAUAUCUUCAUCCAGAGGAAGGCACUGUAGAAUAACAACUUCUACCUGUCAGUGAAUCGCACUCAAUUUUAAUGACAGAUUAAUGACUUCCCCAAUAUAUGUGUGACAGAAGGACAAAUAAAAGACUGUUCCAUUGUUUGUGUGAUAGUAGGUUACAUAUCAGUUGUCUCUGUGAUAAAAAUGUGUUUUGAUUGUGUCUGUUGUUAAGAUUAUUGUUACACAAAAUUCCGUCCAAUGUCUGUACUUCAAAUUUUUUCAGAACUGGACAUAGAUCUGAAUAAAUAUUUGCGAUUCA